AACGGGCUGUAAGUGUAACGUCAAGACGCCCGCAGUGGUUUCGCCGCUGCUGCUUGUUUACCAGCACCAAAUUCUGUCGGACAGACGGACUGGGUCUUUUUACUUAUCUACACGUAGUUCACUCGAUUUGUAGUUUUGAGACACGAAUCCCUUUUUUUCGCUGCUCAAACGGGACAAUUGUCGAGUGAAAGCUUUUCGUUUAUGUCGAAAACUGGAAGAUUAUUGGAUCUCUAGGUGAAUUUGCUGUCCCGUUCAGUAACAAAACCAACACUAAAAGUAUUUAUUAUCUUGAUAUUUUUGUCUCCUCUUGUUUUAUUUGUAAAUACGGAAUUGUGUUUACGGUCUUUCGUUUUUAUUUAUUUCGGAAACGUCUAAUAGCCUGCGUUGGAUACUUCCGAUCCACAGCUUGGAUACGAUGGAUGACUUGAAACACGUCCAGUCGGCUAUCGAGUCCGUCCCUCUGCUUUUGAGAGUUGCUGUUCUGGUUGUUGCUGGUUUGUAUGCAUAUGCGUUCAUCUUACACACUCUUUCUCGAUACCAUGUGGAUGCUUACAUGGUUCUACGGAACCAGAUAGGCUCUGUGAAAAGUAGCGUCGAAGGUGCACCGUUAAUGGAACUCACUCUGUUUUCGGCUGUGCUUGGCACGUUAGCUGUCAUGAGUUCGUUUAUGCUGGACCAAGCAUUCAAACUAGACCACAUUACGUAUAUUCCUCUAUUUAUGUAUGGUUUCCUCAUGUUUGCUCCUGCCCAUCGAUUUUUUUACAAGCAACGGAGAAACUUUGUCACACAGUGUCUUCGAAUCAGCACUGGCAACUUGUCUUUUGAAACACGUUUCGCGGACGUUAUGUUCUCAGAUCUGUUGACCUCGUACUCGCGAGUGAUUGCUGAUAUUUGGUUGGCUGGUGCUAUACUGAUUUACGAGGAACCGAAGCAUCCAAGACACGAUUUACGGAACAAGGUUAUGAUGGCACUUAUAGCAGCAUACCCUUAUGCAAUUCGAUUUCGGCAAUGCUUGUUGGAAGUGAAAACUUGGAAUCUGGAGAGCGAUAAAUUUUGGUCAGCAUGUAAUGCUGUGAAGUAUCUUACGGCGUUUCCCUCCAUUUUUCUCGGUGUACCUAAAUCGAAACGGAAGAGUUCGUUAUGGUUCUGGUGGAACACUGCCAGCGCCGUAAAUGCGCUGUACUCAUUCUGGUGGGAUGUUGAGAAGGAUUGGUCGCUUAACUUGUUGACAGUUCCACGGUCUACUUCACGGCCAUUUGGUUUGUCGCGUCGGGUGUUUACCAGAAACACGUUUCUGUUUGCAGUAGUUAGCGACUUUGUAUUGCGAAUGGCUUGGGUCACUCGAGUAUUGCCUCCGAAGUAUGCUGCUAUUUUUGCUACAGAUGCAGGAAUUUUUUUCAUGCAAUGUUUGGAAGUUUUCCGCCGCUGGCAGUGGGUCUUAUUCCGGAUUGAAUCGGAAGCAGCUAAAACAAUGUCUUACACCUCGCUUUACGACACAGAUAUGGAAAAUGUCUAAGCUCCAGGAACAAUGGCUUUUCCAGAGCAAGGUCUGCGUGUGCUUUCAGUUGCUGCUACCAAAUCUCAUUCUUGUCUACACCUGUUGUGAUAUUCUUUCUUUCCUUUACGUACUCAACCUUUCCGUGUAAUCAGUUUUACGUUUCAUUCCUUCAAUGUUUCUACCUCGACAAAUAUACUUCCUCAUUUCAUUUUUCUUUUUUUCAUUCCAAGGGCUAUUUGACUUUAUCACUCUAUUACUUUUAAGAUUCUUUUGCUAAUUUAAAAGUCGUGUCUGAGGAAUGUAGUUAAAUGAAUAUGAUAUACUCCUUUUAUUCACUUCUAUUACUUUAGCAUUGUUAGUAUCAUUGCCUUCAAUUACGGUUGUUAAAAGAAUUCAUAGACUAACGUUUGACUCAAAAAUACUCAACAAUGAAGCAUGUACAGGAAA